UGGGUGUGGUUUUAGUCUUCUUUUUAUUUUGAUUUUCUAAAGCUUAUUAUCCUACAAGUGUAGUAUUUAUUAUACCCACAAUCUCUGAGUUUUAUUCCGUGAGAAUGGAGAGUAAUUGUCAAAUAUUUGUAGUUCUAAAUAUGGAUCCUAUAUCAUCCUGUUUAGGACAUAUAGUGUUUUGUUUUAGAAUCGGCGGUAUCAUGAGAUUUUCUUUUGUUUGACAUUUAUGCGUAGGAAGAUCACCUAAUUCUUUUUGGUCAUCUUCUGAACAUCAAUAUAAUUCAUAUGUAAUGAAAUUAUACUUAGAUUCUACAGAUGAGGUUUCUGUUCAAUCAAAACCAAAAAAAAAGAGAUAAGGUUUAUGUUUCUUGCACCUUAAGAUUCAGCUCUAAACAUUUAGCCAAAAACAAAGUUUCAACUGUAAAUCUCUGGCAUCAACUCCAAAAUACCGUAUAUAUGAGAUUUCGAUUUUCUAAUAUUUAUGUCUCCUACUUUCAAUUUAAAUGCAAGCCUAUGUUUCUCAAAAUCUUUUUUUUUUGGUUCUUGUGGUUAUAGAAUCGUCCACACGUGCCCAAAUUCGGAGACUGGACCGAAGAUGCUCCAUUCACGGUCGUGUUCGAAAAAGCAAGCAAGAGCAAGAAAAAUAUGAACGUGGCCAACCCGAAUGAAUAUCCAGAUAUGAAUCCAAACGCUGCACAAAAUCGAAAUAUGUCUAGGCCUGACCAACAACCACCAAACCAUAAUGUUAGACCAAGACAUGAAAGAUUCAAUAGCAGAGACGAAACCGAAUUCAGACCGUCUCCUGCACACAAUGAAAGAAACAACAGAGUUAGAUCAGUUCCUCCCACACCAGAAACAUACAACCAUCAAACAUAUGGUGGAGGUGGCAGAUCAAUGGGAAAUCCAACAGAAAUAAAUAGACGGCAAUCACGUGAUCAUGUCCCGGCGCGGCCAAUACGCAAUCUUAGAGGGCAAAGUAGUGAAAGGGUGGCGACUAUUCCUCCAUUUCCUGGAACGGGUUCUAACAUGGAAAAUCAGAGUUACACACUUAUCUUUGACAAAGUGAAAGAAGAUAGGAACCAAGCGAGAUCUUACAAUGGAACCGAUCAUAGCACCCCGACUCGACCCAUCAUCGACCAACAUCAUCAACCAUUACCUUCUAGUCCCAAGGUAGAUAACCAAAAUAUCAUUUCCCUUUCUUUCAUAAAUCCUCUUUUUUUACAAUUGACGUUGUUAUGUGUAGGGUUGCUGUUUUCCUCCAUGGAGCCGAAAGGGAAGCUAAUGAAGAUGAUCAUUUCCCUUUUUUACAUAAUCCUCUUUUUUUUUAUUUGCUUCUGCUUGAUUUUUUUUAAUAAUAUCUUUGUUAUUCUUAUGGAGAUGUAAGGAGUAGUUUUUGCUAAAACAUUAUGCAACUUCUGUUACUCUAUUUGCGUUUUUUUGAACAAUACUCAGAUUCAUUUAUAGGGGUGAAUCCUUUUAUUCACC